AUGGACGAGUUGAUGCCUCGUUUCAAAAUGUCGUCAGCCAGCUUUCUUAUCAAUGAAUCGAAUGCGUUGAUGUCAAGCUGGUUUAGUUUGUUGGAUUGGCAUGUUGUGUUAUGCAUUGUUGGGGUUGUAUUGUAUCGCAGUACUGAUAUACACGUAGCCCUCCUUGUGCUGGCUUGUCUCUGGGCUGUCAAAUCAAUGGCGUUUGAGACGCUUCUUGAAUUCAUCGUGACCACUCUUCAUGUUACUACUACACUUCAGUUCGACUGGAAGGCUGGUAGUUCCAAAUUUUGGCCGAGGAUUGCAUGCUGCGACAUUCAAGAAAUUAUGUCUCCGUCAAACAUUUUGUGUUACUUUUUUGUAAUUUUGCCUGAAUAUACGGAUGUAAAUGAGUGGCUAUUUUGUAACUUUAGAGCGCAAAUUUCCCGAGGCAGAAAAGUGAAUUACAUCAAGUUAUCGAAGUAUUAA